AGAAUGCUGGAAAGAGAAAACGGAUGCAAAGCGGGGUGCCCAGAGCUUCUCAAGUGUUCAGCAAGCAGCGGCUGGAUUACCGCACAGGGGGCCCCAGCGGGAGGGGCCCUCCAGGGGGCGCCGACUGCCUGUCCACACCGGGUUGCGGGCUGAGAGUCCGCACAGGUCGUGUUUACCGGCUCCCUCGCUAGUUCACCAUCUCAGCCGCGGCUCUGGGGUCCAGCCAGUCGCCUCCUUCUUUAAGAUUCUGGUCACAGCAAGGGCUGGAUUUCUGAGGCAGGCGUGAUCUUUCUCUUCCUCCAGACGCCGCUGCCGUUAGCGUCGGCGCGGGGCACAGCCGGGGCACAGCGAGAGGGAGACUGCGAAAGGGUUGCCGGGCCAAGUCAGCGGCCCAGCCUUUGCCCUAAGUGGGCCCUGACAUCAUGUAUGCAGGAAGAGAGCACAAAUGAUAUGGAAUGUGCGCAUCUGCCCGCAGAGACGCUGCGACAAGUGACCAUUCACCGAGACCCUAUAUAUGGCUUCGGCUUCGUGGCCGGCAGUGAGAGGCCUGUGGUGGUUCGAUCUGUGAGGCCAGGAGGCCCCUCUGAGGACAAGCUCCUGGCUGGUGACCAGAUUGUGGCUAUUAAUGAGGAGGACGUGAGUGAAGCCCCCAGGGAGAGGUGCAUAGAACUCAUCAGGAGCGCUAAGGAAUUCAUCGUUCUUACAGUUCUGCACACUCAUCAGUUCCCUAGAUCAGCCUUCAUUAGUGCUGCGAAGAAGGCCAAGCUGAGAUCCAAUCCUGCGAAGGUUCGGUUUUCCGAGCAGGUAGCAAUUGGAGAAACAGAUGCAAAAAUGAUGAAGAAGGAAGCCCUCCUCCUCAUCCCCAAUGUCCUGAAGGUUUUCUUAGAAAACGGGCAGAUCAAGUCAUUCACUUUUGAUGGCCGGACCACCGUGAAGGAUGUGAUGGUGACCUUACAGGACCGUCUCUCCUUAAGGUAUAUUGAGCACUUCGCUCUUGUCCUUGAGUAUGCUGGGCCAGAACAGAAUCACAAGUUCCUGCUUCUCCAAGACAAGCAGCCCCUGGCUUAUGUGGUUCAGCGGACACACUACCAUGGAAUGAAAUGCCUCUUCCGAAUAAGCUUCUUUCCCAAAGACCCCGUGGAGCUGCUGCGUCGGGAUCCUGCUGCUUUUGAGUAUCUGUACAUCCAGGUAGAGUCUGGCUUGGGGAUACACAGACAGACAGACCAGUGGACAAACAAGCAAACAGGCUAUUCUGCCACCACAAUGAAGUCUCUAUGUAAGUUUUUCCAACUUCCAGGUAGCUCUGAAGGACCUUUCUCUUUCUGCUACCAUUGUAAUCCAUGGCCAAACUGGCUGGCCUGCUGACCUGAGCUGGCUGUGGCUCAAAGUCCUAUUUGUCCAUACAGAACUCAUCAGUUUUCAGGAACAUAUAAGCCCGGUGACUCUGGAACCUUCACAAGAUCCUAAGGUUUAACAAGCCCACUUCAGCUUCAGAAGAGUCUCAAUGUCUAAUACCCAGCUCUGGUAAGGAGAUGGUUCCAAAUUCGCUGCAUCCAGACAGACUUACUGAGCGAAUCCUCUGGGCCAGACCCUACACCAGGUACUGGCAGUCAGAUGUAAAGGCAGAGCUUGUACAUGCAUAAAUAAGCACGCUAGAGGCAGGGUUCAAGGUGGGUGAGGGCACGCAGGAAGCAGUUUGCCAACUCUGCAUAAGAGAAAGACAGGGGCAGCUCCACAGAGCAGUAGCUACAUACAUGCUUUCAGCUGCGGAGGAUGAGCGGAAGUUUGCCUAGAGAGACGGAGCAGAGGGGACAUACUCUAAGGGGUCUUGGCGUUUACAAUGCACGGCGGCAGGAGGCAGAGCGGCAUGAUGAGAGAACACAGUAACUUAUUAUAACUGCAGCACAGGAUGUGAUAUAAGGAGCAGUAUUGAAUGAAUUGGAGAGAAAGGAAGCAGGUGAUAAAGGGCUUGGUAGGGCAUGGCAAGCACAGGCUUAUGUUAUGGAGGCUGGGCACUGAUUCUUAAAGUCUGGUCCCUGAACUGGUAGCAUCAGCAUCAGCCGGGAACUUGCUGGACAUGCAAAUUCUUGGGCCUCAGCCCAGUUCUACUGAAUCAGAAACUCUGGAGGUGGAGCCCAGUGAUAUUUUAACAAGCCCUCCCUCAGAUUCUCUUACCCAAACUGCUUUGAAAAUCAUUGCUUUAUGACACUGGCUUUUAACCCUAGCUGCACGUGAGAGUUACCUGGGAAGCUUUGGAAAAUUUGAGCCACCCAAUGCAUGACCCAUUAAAUCAAAAUCUGUGGAAGUGGGGCCCAAGCAUUGGCAUUUCCUAAAUUCCUCAUGCAAUGCUAAUGUGCAGUCAAGGUUAAGAAAUUCUCAGCUGGGGAUGUAGCACAGUGGCAUAAGUGCCUGCCUGGCAAGCGCAAGGUCCUGAGUUCGGUUCCUGGUACCAAAAAAAAAAAAAAAGAAAUUCUUCUGGAGGGUGGGGGCACAGAAAUCACAAAAGGAGAAUGUCCUGGUCAGAUGAGCAAUUUCCAAAGGUCACACAGCACAAGCAAGCACGCUAGCUCAGGAACGAUGGCAGUUAUCCAGAGGAGAAAUGAUGAGAGUCAGAAUCCAGGCUGUAAGGGAGGGGUAGAGUGGGAUUCAAGAGAGAUUUAGAAAACAGAACUGAUAGGCUUUGACUGGCUGAGUGUCUGGUCGAGGUGAUAUCAUUCCUCAAAUUAGGGAAUAAAAGCAGUGGAAUGGGUUUGAGGAGAUGAGUUCAUUCGGGGACAUACUGAGUUCUAGGUGCCCACAAGACAUAACACAGCAUUUGAGGAGAGGAAAAAACCUCAAGCUUCAUCUGCCUCUGAUGGUGACCCCGGGGAACAUGCUACGAGACAUCGUGGUUGUCCUCUCUGCUCUUUCAGACAGCCUAAAAUGGUAGAAACAUUUCUCAGUGCAAGUUUCUUUACCAACCUUCUGGUGUAAGGUCUACUGCAUCAUGCCACUGCUCUGCUGCAACACGCAGCUCCACGGCAAGCCAAAACCCAGCGUCUCUAAAGAACUGAAGAUGCACUUUUUUAGUUUUGUUUU